UUCAUUUUUCAUUUUGAACCUGUAGAAACAAUUUAUUAUAUAUACUAUUAGCUAAGUAAUUGCAUAUUUAAUUAAGUCGAAAUAUAAAACUUAGUUAUUUUAAUAAUUUAAAAAAUAAAAAACUGACAAACAUUUCAAUUUAAUUUAUGGUUGGAACAAAAGACAGUUAUUUUUCAUUAAUUGAAAUAUUGCAAUGCAGAGUACUUUCCAAAAUACGCCGAGAGUAUUCCUGAUGGUGAAACGAGCGUUGCUUCAUCGAACGCAGCUAAAGAAAACAACAUCUAUGUAGUUGGUGGUACGAUGCCUGAAAUAGAGGGCGAUAAAUUGUACAAUACCUGUACUAUUUGGGGUCCCGAUGGAACUUUGAUAGCAAAACACCGAAAGGUACAUCUAUUCGACAUCGACAUUCCUAAUAAGAUUACUUUUCGAGAGAGUGAUUCACUCAGUCCUGGUAACUCCCUAACGACGUUCGAUGUGAAGGGCUGCAAAAUAGGUAUUGGCAUUUGCUAUGAUAUUAGAUUCGAGGAAAUGGCACGCAUUUAUCGGAACAAAGGUUGCCAAAUGCUGAUAUAUCCAGCGGCAUUCAAUAUGACCACUGGACCAGUGCACUGGUCAUUACUUCAGCGUUCCAGAGCGAAUGAUAAUCAAUUAUACGUUGCCUGCAUAUCACCGGCUCGUGUUCCUUAAGCAAGUUACGUCGCAUGGGGACAUACACAGUUGACCAAUCCCUGGGGAAAGAUUCUUUACGAUUUGGAAACUCAAGAGAAUAUGGCAGUCACCGAUAUCAAAAAAAAAAAAAAAAAAACUGGCGAACCGUGUGUUACCACAACGAGACACGCGAUGCUAUUUGUCGCUUUAAAUUGUGCCGCAACUCGUUUUUGAGAUCUUUGCCAGGGGCGCGUUAAAAUAUGCUGAAAAUAUAUUUCUGGCUUUUCUGGGGUUUAACUGAAAUAUGACAAAUAACGUUGUUAAACAUAU